AUGAUAAAUCAUAGAUAUAUUAUAUUUUAUUUAUUUUGCUUGCAUAUAGAUAUUUAUGUAAAUAUAUAUACUAGGUGUUUUGGGGUAAACGCAAGCAGCAAUUAUUUGAGAAAUAAUGUCUCUACGUUUGACUAUGGAAAUGUAGAAGAUAAUAAUUUCGUUAUAGGUGAUAAUUAUUAUUUAAAUUAUGAAAACAAUAAUCAAGAUAUAAUAAGCAAUCCUCAUAAAGAUAAACUCCCCAAUACUUCUCAAGAACAUAUUGAAGUAGCAAAUGAAAAUUCGCAUGAUCCAAAAAUUCAAGAUGAGGAAAUUUCAGUAAUUAAAACUUUAGGUGAUCAUAACCACGUAAAAUCUAAAGAUAUCGGUGUAAUUGGGAACGAUACUACUGAUGGUCUUAGUGUUACUAAUAGUGGAUUUAAUGAUGGUAGUGCUUUCGGUGGAGGACUUACUUUUUCUGAAAAUUCACCACUACAAGGUGGUUUGAAUAAAUGUCCUGUUGAUAAAUUUUGUGAAUCUCUUGUUUCUGUUCCUCAUUGCCCUAAGAAAAAUUUUGAAGAAAGAAACAAUUGGAUCAGUACAAUAGCAAAACAUUCCUCAGGUCAGUACAAACGUGUUCCGUCUCCAGCAAGAAGAAGAAAAUUAUGUUUUGGAAAUAUAAAAAAGAGAAGGAAUGGUAUAACCGAUAGGGAAAAAUUCAAAAAGGAACUUAUAAACAUUGCAUCUACUGAAGGUAAAUUAUUAGUUGAAAUGUAUUCGAAGGAACCUGAAUAUGCACUCGAAGCUAUGAGAUAUAGUUUUGCUGAUAUUGGAAAUAUAAUCAAAGGAAAUGAUAUUAUGGAUGAUUUUCUUAUGAAUAACGUGAAAGAUAUAUUUGAGAAAAAAAUAAACAAAGACCGAACAGGUCUAGAUAUUAUCGGAAGAAAUUCAUGGUGGGAAAAUAAUAAAAAUGAUAUUUGGGAUGCAAUGAUGUGUAAAUAUAAUAGAAAAAAAGAUGAAAAAAUUUGUCCAGGAUACAAUAAUAUUGAUAAUGUUCCUCAAUUUUUUCGUUGGUUCAGAGAAUGGGGAACAUAUAUCUGUAAAGAAUUAAAAAAAUACAGAGAAUUAUUAAAAUCAGUUUGCCAUAAUUUUGAAAAUAAACCUCAUAAUAAAGUAGUAAAUGGUGGUAUAACUCGUGAUGAUAUUUGCAAAGGUAUAUUUAAAGAAUAUGAAAAUUUGGUUAAUUCAAGGAAAAACGAAUGGAAUUUAUUUGUUGAAUAUUAUAAUAUUGAAAAAGAUGCUUAUAGUGGUUCAAAAGGUUUAUUACCUGAGACAUAUCUAAAAGAAUACUGUAAUGAAUGUUAUUUCCAGAAUAAAGAUUUAAAAUGUAUACUUGAAGAAAUUGAAAAGAACAACAAUAUAUAUAAAGAUAUAUAUGAAGGAAAAUAUUUUCAAGGUAGUGUUACAACAACAUCUCAUGAAAUUUCUAAUUCUAAUGACAAUUCACAAACUGAUGGAGCUGCAAAUGAUGGGUUACAAAGUGGAACAGGACAACGUGAAUUAAGCGUAUCUCAAAAUGAAAUACCUCGAAGAAGUGAUUCCACUCAUUCAGGUACAAUUUCUCCUAAUUCAGGUAAUCAAGCAGAUAGAACAGGUCAAGUAUUAAAUAAUUUAUCUGGUGAGAAAGAAGAAAGAUCAUUGGAAUCUGGAAAAAUUAAUACAGAUAAUGAGCGCCAUGGUGCGUCAAAAGAUGAUAUUCCUUACGAUCGUAUAUUGGGAUGGGAAUUUGGUGAUUUUUCUCCAAAAAAUAAAUACACUGAAGAUGAAAAAAAAAAAAAUAUCUUAGAAUUAAUAAAUUUAACUUCAUGGGACAGAGAUAAUAUAGCCAAUGAAAAUGAAGAAGUGGAGGAAGAAGAAAUGUACACAAUCGAUGUUGGUGAAAUAGAAUUAGAGGAAGAAGAAGAAGUAGAAAAAGAGGAAGAACAACAAGUAGAGGAUGAAAUAGAAUUAGAGGAAGAAGAACAAGUAGAAGAGGAAGAAGAUGAAGAAGAAGAAGAAGAAGAAGAAGAAGAAGAAGUAGAAGGAGUAAAACAAAAAGAGGGUGAUACAGAAGCUACCAAAAAAAAUUUAGAAGAAAAUGAUCAAACACCAAAUGAUAAGGAAAACGAAAAAGAAGAAACAGCUGAUUUAACAAGAGAUAAUGAUGCAUAUCAAUCAUUAAAAGAACGUUCUAAUGAUAAUAAGCAAGUAAAAAAAGUUGAUGAGUCGGCAAUAAAAAACCUCUUUGAUUUGUUUAAUAAAAGUAAUGAUUCGGAGGAUGUGUUAAAAGGUUUGGUAAGAGAAAUAACAAGUUUAUUUCAAAACCAUUAA